ACAUCUCAAACCAGUUCAGAUGUUGCUGUUUCCUCAAGUUGCAGGUCUAUGGAAAUGCAGGAUCUAACCAGCCCGCAUAGCCGUCUGAGUGGUAGUAGUGAAUCCCCCAAACUCGAUAACUCUCAUAUAAAUAGUAAUUCCAUGACUCCCAAUGGCACCGAAGUUAAAACAGAGCCAAUGAGCAGCAGUGAAAUAGUUUCAACAACAGCAGACGGGUCUUUAGACAAUUUCUCAGGUUCAGCCAUUGGGAGCAGUAGCUUCAGCCCAAGACCGUCUCACCAAUUCUCCCCACCACAGAUUUAUCCUUCCAACAGACCAUACCCACAUAUUCUCCCUACCCCUUCCUCACAAACUAUGGCUGCAUAUGGGCAAACACAGUUUACCACAGGAAUGCAACAAGCUACAGCCUAUGCCACGUACCCACAGCCGGGACAGCCCUAUGGAAUUUCCUCCUAUGGUGCAUUGUGGGCAGGCAUCAAGACUGAAGGUGGACUGUCACAGUCUCAGUCACCUGGACAGACAGGAUUUCUCAGCUAUGGUACAAGCUUUGGGACCCCUCAACCUGGACAGGCACCGUACAGCUACCAGAUGCAAGGUAGCAGUUUUACAACAUCAUCAGGAUUAUAUACAGGAAAUAAUUCACUCACGAAUUCCUCUGGAUUUAACAGUUCACAGCAGGACUAUCCAUCGUAUCCCAGCUUUGGCCAGGGUCAGUAUGCACAGUAUUACAACAGCUCGCCGUACCCGGCACAUUACAUGACGAGUAGCAACAGCAGCCCAACGACGCCGUCCACAAAUGCCACUUACCAGCUUCAGGAACCGCCAUCUGGCAUCACCAGCCAAGCAGUGACAGAUCCCACAGCAGAGUACAGUACAAUCCACAGCCCGUCAACACCCAUUAAAGAUUCAGAUUCUGAUCGAUUGCGUCGAGGUUCAGAUGGGAAGUCACGUGGACGGGGCCGAAGAAACAAUAAUCCUUCUCCUCCGCCAGAUUCUGAUCUUGAGAGGGUGUUCAUCUGGGACUUGGAUGAGACAAUCAUCGUUUUCCACUCCUUGCUCACUGGGUCCUACGCCAACAGAUACGGGAGGGAUCCACCUACUUCAGUUUCCCUUGGACUACGAAUGGAAGAAAUGAUUUUCAACUUGGCAGACACACAUCUAUUUUUUAACGACUUAGAGGAAUGUGACCAAGUUCAUAUAGAUGAUGUCUCUUCAGAUGACAAUGGACAGGACCUAAGCACAUAUAACUUUGGAACAGAUGGCUUUCCUGCUGCGGCAACCAGCGCUAAUUUAUGCUUGGCCACCGGUGUGCGUGGCGGUGUAGACUGGAUGAGAAAGUUGGCCUUCCGUUACAGACGAGUAAAAGAGAUCUACAAUACCUACAAAAAUAAUGUUGGAGGUCUGCUUGGUCCAGCUAAGAGGGAAGCCUGGUUGCAGCUGAGGGCCGAGAUUGAAGCCCUGACAGACUCCUGGUUGACACUGGCCCUGAAAGCUCUCACACUCAUUCACUCCCGGACGAACUGUGUUAAUAUUUUAGUAACAACUACUCAGCUUAUCCCAGCAUUGGCGAAAGUCCUGCUGUAUGGAUUAGGAAUUGUAUUUCCAAUAGAAAAUAUUUACAGUGCAACUAAAAUUGGAAAGGAAAGCUGUUUUGAGAGGAUAAUUCAGAGGUUUGGAAGAAAAGUGGUGUAUGUUGUCGUAGGAGACGGUGUGGAAGAGGAACAAGGGGCAAAAAAGCACGCCAUGCCCUUCUGGAGGGUCUCCAGUCACUCGGACCUCAUGGCCCUACAUCAUGCCUUGGAACUGGAGUACCUGUAA